AUGGCAGUAAUAAACUCUGCUCUUCCUCCGCCAACUAGCACCGUCCGUCCGUCCAAACUACCUUCACCUUUCUCUUCGUUCCUCUUCGUUCUUGCUGUCGCUUUCACGGCCUACUAUGUAUUCUUCUCUACUCACGAUGAGAAGAAGCUAGUUUUCUGGGUCAAACACCCGCGGCAUACGGAUGCAGUGAAGGUACUGGUGCCUUAUGAUGCAGACGUAGCUGAUACGAAAAAGGUUGUGAAAAGCGAACUUGCGCCUGCUAUCGACAAGGAGAGUUUGGGGCAAGUACUGUUGUUGAGUACAAGAGCGGGAAGGCUAAGUCCUGAUACGAAGAUUAGGAGGUUGGCAGGCAGAGAGAAAACUUUGAUUGUGUUUGUAGAUAAUGUUGAAUCUCGCCUUUAUCUUAAAACGCUUACUGCCGACCAAGUCCCAAUACAAGUCAAUAACCCUCUUUGUCUCAAAUCCAACGAAGCUUAUAUAGCUGUGACAAGGAUAUUGACGGGCGAUUAUGCUCAGCAGGAUAUAAAUAUCCUAAAGAAAAGUCUUUGUGAAUCCAGCAUUGAGUCGUGGAGUUCAAGAUAUUCAUAUAAUUUCCGUGAAGGGAA